UCGCUCUUUUUCCCUCUCUCUCCGUCACUUGGAGUGAGCUUCUGAAAAUUGCAUCACAUUCUUCCCGCCCUCAUUCUCUAGCUCUCUCCAUCUCUCGAGGCAGAAGGGAAAAUCAAAAUCUUCUUCACAAGUUAGUUCCACGAAAACCUAAUUCCCCCCUCCCUCUCUCUCUCUGAGUUCAUUUUCUUUCUCUUUCAUCUCUUUCCUCCAUUUCUGCUCCUGCUAGUGACCCGAUCUUUCUGACGUCUGCCUGAGUGGAGAGUUCUUUCGUUUUUUCCUUCUCCUCUCCGCUUCUUGAAGGCUACGAACGACUGUUUGGUUCCCAGGAAAGUGGAAGGGGAAAACUGAAGAAAGAUUCUGGUCAUCUCAUCGUCAAAGCCAAUUCAGUCCUUGGACUCCUAGGUAGCUACAGCUCGACGGAUUGAGAAGCUCUGAAUCUUGUUUUCCUCGUUCGAUCUCUUGAUUCUCUGCGAAUCCAAACUUUGAAGGAAUGAUUCUCGGUACUGAACGCAUUUUCUCCCUCUUUUUCCAGGGAAACAGAGAGAAAAUGAGGAAACAAGGGCCACAUACCUUCUUCUGCGUAGUGAUUGCUCUCUGGAUGAUUCUGGCUGCACGAGUUUGGGCGAUUACGGAUCCACCAGAUGUGCUAGCCCUUGAAGAUCAAUACAGGGCUUUGAAUAACCCGCCACAACUUAAGCGCUGGAGAUUGGAUGGAGGAGAUCCAUGUGGAGAGUCAUGGAUGGGCGUCUCGUGCUCUGGAUCUUCUGUUAUCCGCCUUAAGCUUGAGGGUUUGAACUUGAGUGGAUACAUGGGGAGCCUGCUCCAUCUGCUCCAUGGGUUGAGGCAACUGGAUCUUAGCUACAAUAACAUCACUGGUGAAAUUCCUUACAGCUUACCCCCUAAUGUCACCCACUUAAACUUAGCAUGCAACAGCUUAGAGCAGAAUAUACCUCAAUCUUUGCCCAAUUUUAAACUCCUCAGAAAUCUGAAUCUAAGCCAUAACAUGCUGUCAGGUCCAAUUGGGAAUGUGUUUGCUGGUCUGCAAAGUCUGAAAGAGAUGGAUCUAUCAUACAAUAGCUUCACUGGAGACCUUCCUAGUUCAUUUGGAUCUCUGACAAAUCUAACCAGAUUGUUCCUGCAGAAAAACCAGUUCACUGGAUCAGUUGUUUACCUCGCUGAUCUUCCUCUUUCUGACCUGAACAUCCAGUCCAAUAACUUCAGUGGUGUUAUUCCAACUAACUUUCAGACAAUACCAGAUUUGUGGAUGGACGGCAAUCAAUUCCAUCAGGCACCUGGUUAUCCACCUUGGAGCUUUCCAAGGGAGAAUCCAACAAUUAUUACGCAGAAUUUCAGCACUCGUCCGACGACGGAGUCAAGUGCCAUAGUCGAGAAUCAUCCUGCCGCCAUAGUGGAGAACCAUCCAUCUUUCAGGGUGGCUAAACAGAAGAAGAAAUUGCUGAGCCUGGGAGGAGUCGUUUUUAUUGUUGGAGGAUUAACUCUGGUGGUCACUGGUGCAGCAAUUUUCAUUGCAGUGCGUCUGAAGCAAUCUGAUGCCUUUCCAGCCGAGACAAACAAUGCAUAUGAAGCUAGCCCACCCACCUUUCUGGGUCGAAGCCGUACGCCACUUAGUGGGCGAUCGAGAACCAAAAGAUUGUCUGGGGGAAAGAGUUUAGGUAGGAACAACAGGGCUCCAGCCAGCGCAAGAAUUUACACAGUGGAAGAGCUCCAGUAUGCAACCAACAGCUUCAGUGAAGAUAACCUUCUUGGAGAAGGAUCUCUUGGUGGGGUGUACAGAGCUGAGUUUCCUGACGGCCAAGUGUUGGCAGUGAAGAACGUGAACACAGUGUCGCUGUCUUUCGAGGAAGAAGAACGAUUGAUGGAGGUGAUAUGGACUGUAUCCCGACUUCGGCACCCAAAUAUCUUAGCCCUGCUAGGCUACUGCGUUGAAGACGGCCAGCAUCUCCUUGUGUAUGAACACGUCAGAAGCUUGCCUCUCGAUGAGGUACUUCAUGGCCAGGGUUACAAACCACUACCUUGGAUGGUCCGCCUGAACGUUGCACUAGGCGUUGCUCGCUCACUGGAGUACUUGCAUUGCACUUUCUGCCCUCCGGUUGCUCAUGGCAACGUGAAAGCCUCGAACGUGUUGCUCGAUGAAGAACUGGUGCCUCGUCUCUGUGACGCUGGACUGGCUAUCCUGAGGCCCCUGACUUGCAACAGCGUCAAAGUUAAGGCUUCUGAAAUAGCGCUGGAGGAAACAGGAUACAUUGCGCCAGAACAUGGGGAGCCAGGGAUUGACAGUACCAAGAGCGACGUGUUUGCGUUUGGAGUGUUGCUCCUGGAACUGCUGACUGGAAGGAAACCUUUCGACAGCUCGAGACCAAGGAAGGAGCAGUUUCUGGUGAAAUGGGCUUCCCGCCGACUUCACGACAGUGAAUGGCUGGUGCAGAUGGUUGAUCCAUGCCUCAACAGGAGAAGCCUGUCUUUGAAGUCUUUAUCUGGAUUUGCAGACAUAGUCUCCCUCUGUACUCAGCCAGAGAUGCUGUUCAGGCCUCCAAUGAGUGAGAUCGCAGAAUCUCUCAGUCGUCUGGUUCAGAAAAGCGGGAUCGCAGCUGCUGGUGAAGGGAUCGAUGACCCAUUCGAUAGAUCGUUCCGUUCCACCGUUACAGGAUUCGUCAGCUCCCCCACAGUCAGCUACUACUCUCCCUAGCUGCUGAGCAUAGGUGCCCUCUAAACCCUCUCUGAUACUAACCACCGUUAGUCAAAGUUUUGAUCCUCACCUGUAAAUGAGAAUACCUGCUACUGUUACUGCAACACACAAAUGCAUAAAUUUUCUGAGCACUGUGAUGUUUUCUGUAAAGUUUCAUCUAUGGUCGAAGCAAAAAGUUCUGCAAAGUUUUAAAAUCCCCUGUCAUGGUUGGAUUACAGUAGCUGGGGAAAUGGAUUUGGAGAUCCAACACAAGAUUGUCAUCAUCCUACUUGAAACAAACGAGCCACAAAAUGUGUGUUCUUCUGAUAUAAGUGA